GACAAAGAGAGAGAAGUAGAAGCAGAGUAUGAAAAAUGUCAAGAAUGGGAAUAUGAUACUAGCUUCUGGGAGAGAACGAUUAUAAUGGAUUUUAAUCUUGUUUGCGAUCGUGCUCAGUACACCAAGUUUACCCAACAAAUGACGUUCUUUGGUCUAAUGUGUGGAGUAUUAUCUGCCGGACUUCUCAGUGACAGGUUUGGUCGCCGCCACACCAUGCUUGGUCUGCUCCUCCUAACGGUGGUUUCUGGAACUAUUUCUAGCUUUUCUCCAAACUAUACUUUUUUCUUAAUUAGUAUUUGGUUUUGUGGGUUCGCAAGCCUAGGUUAUGGAACUGUGAUGUAUGUCUGGAUGAUGGAACACGUCUCAGGUCGGCAUAAGACAAUACUAGGAGCUUGCCCGCAUUAUUGUUUUGGAUUCUGGGGACUUGGCACUGCUGUCAUCAGCUACCUUGUACCAAACUGGAGACAUUUACAGCUAAUAUUUUCCGUUCCCUGCCUGGUCCUUGCAGGGGCCUAUUUUUACCUUCCAGAGUCAGCAAGAUGGUUACUGGCGAAUGGAAGAGCGGAGGAGGCAGAAGAUCUUUGUCGAACCAUUGCAAGGGUGAAUGGUCGGGAGCUUCCUGAUGAUUUUAAGCUGGUUGUGUCCAAGAAAACGGCUGAGGGAGAGAAGGGAAAAGGAUAUCUUGGUUUUAUCCAACUGUUCACGCAUUCUCAUCUUCGUCGUAAGACAUUGAUAAAUUACUACCUCUGGUUCAGCACUGCUCUCAUAUACUACGGGUUAACUCUCAACUCUAACAGCCUAGGAGCAUCUCUGUUUGUUUAUCAGUCAGUUGGCAAGUUGCUUGAGUUCCCUGCUAUAACCCUGGUUAUAUUCUGUUUAUUAAAAACUGGAAGAAGAAUAACUUUAAUGAUAUUCUACAGCCUGGGAGGUCUCAGUUUGCUUCUGACCAUGUUUGUUCCUCUAAACUAUUUCACCAACGAGUGGCCGAUUGUGGCUCUGAAUCUAUUAGGUCGAGUGUGUGCAAUUAAUACUCUGGCUUGCUGCUAUAUUUAUAGCUCGGAGAUAUUUCCUACAGUUGUACGUAAUGUCGGGCUUGGAUCCAGCUCACUUUGGGCUAGGGUGGGUCCAAUGGUUGCUCCGUUUAUAGCUGGUUUGAAGGAGUAUGAUGAACGUAUUCCUACAGCUACAUUCGGUGUAGUUGCCCUGGUCGCUGGACUACUCGUCACCUUUCUUCCGGAGACAUCAAACACACCACUUCCGGAUACUAUACAGGAAUCUGAAGCAUUGGGUCAAGGAGAUACAUUUUGGACAUCGCUGAGAGAACAGAAAACAAAAAGUGAAAAUAAAAAAUGAAAAAGAAAAUGUACUAAAAAGUUUAAAAAUAAAAAAAGUUUCAAG